CAGCCGGUCACCGACAGCAUCACUAACACUACCACCACCUCGUCCUUGCCAGCAGAUGCUUCUUUCAUAGGUUGGGCAGUAGGCAGGCCGCUGCUCAUCAACUUUUCUUUCUCUCUAUCGACUCUCAGUCCCUAUUCUUCAUAGACUCUCGUCAUCAUGGCAGCCCCUCCCCCUGCCGAGUCCAAUACCUCCUUCUCCAUGUCCGCGUACAUGAUGCCUUCGCACGAGAACUCCUUCGGAUCCGAUACAGACGAUGAUAUCGCUUCUCUCCCAUCAGAAUCAACAACAGAUUCCGACUCGGAGACUCUUUCCGACGAUUACUCCGAUGCCGAGGCGGAAUGGCGGGAAAGCAUUGAGCAAUUAGAGCUGCUCCUGACUAUGGUUUUGGUGCCGUUUGUUGGCAAAUACCUAGGCCGACGCUGUGCCUACUGGAGCUGGACAAGAUUCAUGCAGUGGAAGUACCCGGUCGAGGUAGUUGUUACGAACCCGGGUCUCUUCAAGGGUGCCGGUAUCAUCGAGGCAGCUGCAAGCCUAUGAUCACCCUUUCUAUUGCAUUUAACGAUGCUCUCUGGACCCGAAUGCCCCAAUCCACCGACUCGCUCAUCCCUCCUAUACUCCAAGACCACGCCCAACCGCGGCAGAUAGCGUCCAAUACAAUGUGUUCGGGCAUACUUCAAUGGACUGCCCAACUGCAAACCCGAAGUAUCAAAUGGCUUUCAUGUCUUGCAUAGCAAGCAGCCUGCCACGGAAAGCCACAGCGGGAAUUUCAACCCUCCGAACCAUCUAUCCCAGCGUGGAUAAAUCCCGUUACAAAUCUUGCUCCAAAGAUUGUUCUAUACCCAAUCAAUUGUCUUAUCUUAGAAUCAAAAUUUCCCUCAUAUACAUGUACAUUCCACCACAAUGC